AUGAAAAUGGAGGAGCGAGAGGCAGCAGGCCGCACAGUGGGGGAAAGAUCUCAAAGGGCAGAAAAAGCCUCUUGUGAUGUCCCAAUGGAGAGAAAAUCUUUGCAGAGGGUGCCAGCGCAACAUAAGAUUAAACAGGAACCAGGAGAGGGGCUCGUUCAUCACUGGGAAACUCAGUGGCAGGAGUUUCUGAAGACCAUGGAGGCCCCUCAUUCAGGAUGGGUCAUCCCCCAGUUGCCAGAGGAGCCCACCCCAUGGGACAAUGUCAAGGCCUUCCUAGCUUCCUUCGAGCAAGUGGCUGAAGCCUGCUGCUGGCCCAGAGAAGAGUGGGUGACCCGACUCCUGCCGGCCCUCAGUGGAGAAGCCGAGCAAGCUUUUAAUCAGUUGGAGGUCAGAGACAGGGAGGAUUAUGGGAGAGUGAAGGCAGCCAUCUUGCGAGUGGACACUAUCAGCAGGGAGAAGUGGCGCCAACACUUCCGGCAUUUUUGCUACCAGGAGGCCGAUGGACCGAGAGGGGCUCACAGCCGACUCCAAGAGCUCUGCCAUGGGUGGUUAAAGGUUGAUAGACAUACCAAGGAGCAGAUCCUGGAGCUGUUGAUCUUAGAGCAAUUCCUGACCAUCCUUCCGUUGGAGAUCCAAACCUUGGUUAGGGAAGUUGGGCCGGAGACCUGCUCCCAGGCAGUGGCCUUGGCGGAGGAUUUCCUGCAGAUGCAAAAAGAAGCUGAACGGGCAGAGAACCAGGUGGCACUUGAGGAGUCAGCUGUGAACUUCUCUGAGGCUGGCCAGGCUCCAUAUCAGAUCGAACAGAGGCAGUGGUGCGUGGAGGCCAGAUGGGCAGAGGACAGAAGUACAAGACUUGUGGAAGCUAAAAGGUGGAAGAGUGUUCAUGAUGGAGAGACACAUACACGAGAAGAUUUGGAGCAUGCAGGACCAACUGAGUUGUUGGCCAGCCGAGCGGAAGAGAGUAUUUCCUCAGGCAGUGAGCCGGAAAAUGCCCCUGAGGGUCAGGAAUGGCAAAGUGAAGCCAACCCAGGAGAGGGAGUAGAUGAAUCUGUUUCUUCUGGGGAUUUGGGGGAAACUGUAGACCUACAGGGUACCUGUUCUGGCAAGAGGCAAAAACUGUACAGUGUUUAUGGGAAAAGUCCCGGAUUCAUUAUAAAUCAGAAAGCACACCCCAGAGGAAAGCCACAGAACAAAUGCUUGAUUUGUGGGAAAUCUUUCUUGUAUAGCUCAGAUCUCAUAAUUCAUCACGGAAUCCACACAGGUGAGAGACCCUAUGAAUGCCCUGACUGUGGCAAGAGAUUCAGCCGUGGCUCGGAUCGUAACCGCCAUCAGAAAAUCCACACUCAAGAGAAACUGUACAAGUGCCUUGUCUGUGGGAAAUGCUUCCUUUACAGCUCGGACCUUAUCAUCCAUCAGAGAAUCCACACCGGCGAGAGGCCAUACGAAUGCCUGGAUUGUGGGAAAAGGUUCAGUUGCAGCUCGGAUCGUAACCGCCACCAACGGAUCCACACUGGGGAGAAGCCUUAUGUGUGCUUGGACUGCGGGAAACGGUUCAGCCAGAAAGUUCAUCUGAAUAGACACUGCAGAAUCCAUGUGGGAGAGAAAUCAUUCAAGUGCCCAGAAUACGGGGAAAGCUUCAGCGUGAGCUGAAAACUUUGUUGCGUGUUUCGACUUAAGCACAUUUUGCUCCGAGUUUUCUGUAUGUUAGUUCUACAUUUUCUACUUUGGCUGGACUCUUGUCUUUGGCCAAAGUAGUUAUGAUUUUACACUUCUUGUGCCCUCUGCUUAGCAAAGAGCAGGAUAAAAUGAGUAUCUCCUCUGAAAACCAAGAUUCAAGUUCAGUAGCAUCUUAAAGACCAGCAGCAUUCCAGGAUAUAAGCUUUCGUGAGUCAAAGAUCCCUUUUUCAGAUACAAAGCUUUGAGAAUGCUUUGAUUCUCAAAAGCUUAUACCCUUGAAAUCUUGUUGGUAUUGAAAAUGCUACUGAAUUUGUUUCUCACUCUAUUACUGCAGACCCAAGACAGCUACCCACAUGAAACUCCUCUGAAAAGUGUCUCUUAGUAUUAAUAGGCUUCAUUCUCUACUUUAAAGUCACCGUUUUGUGUCAUCCCGAGAAUGAACUUUGUGUAGGAUUCUCUCAUUUCUUUAGCAGGUUAAUUUGGUGGGCAGAGUGGGAGGGAAUAUCUCCAACAAAAGGGGCCACAUUGAAUGAUGAGGGCGGGGGCAGAGAAAGAAGGUAUUGUAACCUGGAAAAUGUGUCUGAAAGCCAGGAGUGGAAAGAGCAAACUCACCUUACAGAGAAAAGACCUUUCUUGUGGUGUUGCUUGAGCUAAGAAUUCAUGCUGGAAAGAUGAAGAACCUUCAGUUCUUAAGGGGAGAGCUUCAAGCUGAGUUCAGGCCCCUAUAAAAGUAAAAGAAUUUUCAUGAGAGGGAAAUUGUCUCUCUUUGUGGUCUUCAGCUUUGCUGGUAGCUCAGACCUUAUUUGUCCAAAAACUCCUUACUAACAAGAGAGUAUAUGAAUACCCAGAAAAAAUUAAACUUCAUAGUCAUCAAAACACCCAUGUAGGUGAAAAACACUCGGGAGGGCUCAGAAGCAACCCAGGUGUUGGUUUCUGGCUCCAUAGAGAAAUCCAGCUCAGAGAAGCCAUAUAAACAUUCCUAUUGUUGGGAAGGAAUUGGGGUGCAGGCCACCCUCAGUUGUCACUUGAGAAUCCACUCUAUGUGCUUGGCUGGUGGGAAAAAAGCUGCUGGAAAAACUGAACUUGAUUGGCAUCCGAACGGGUAAAUUCUCUGAAGUUAGAGAAAGAAGAGCUGAAAUCUCCUUGCUCUUCAUGAGUAGAACACGAUAGAAACUGAAUUAUGCGAAUGAACAAACUGCAGAAAAGGUUGGCUGCAAUUCAGACUGUUAUGUAAGAGGGAAAGAACAAAUUUAAAAGAAGUCUGUUUUCCUGGAGCAGUCAUAGAUGAUCUGAAAAAUA